UUAACUUUGUUUUAUCCCCAAUUAAUUGUAGUAUUAUAUAUUACUAUAUAAAAUUCCUAUUUACAUUUUAUGGCCAGUCCAAAUACGACCCCGCCCCAAGAAUACCAACCACCACCACCACCAAAUAUUCAAAUACCAAACUACCCACUUGUUGAGGAACCAUCUCCACGCUCCACGUCACCGUAUCCAUCUCGUGGAGCGGCCCGAUCACCAAGUCAGACAGGAAGGCACCCAGAGUAUAGAGGGAUACGCUGCCGGAGCGGGAAAUGGGUGUCAGAGAUCCGUGAGCCACGCAAAACAACGCGAAUAUGGUUAGGUACGUACACUACACCUGAAAUGGCAGCCGCUGCAUACGACGUCGCGGCGCUUGCUCUGAAAGGCCCCGGCACCGCUCUUAACUUUCCAGACUCUCUUUUUUCAUACCCAAUACCGGCAUCCACUGCUGCUUCUGAUAUAAGAGCUGCUGCUGCUAGUGCAGCUGCUGCCAGACAGCUCAGGCAAGAAAGCGGGUCAAAUCCGGACAGGGGUCAAAAUGAACUGCAAGCUGUUGAGAAUGCAGUUCCGGAAGAUCAUUUUAUUGAUGAAGAAGAUAUUUUAAACAUGCCGAAUUUGCUAGUGGAUAUGGCGGAAGGAAUGAUGAUGACUCCACCCAGAAUAAAUGCGCCAUCGUCUGAUUAUUCGCCUGAGAAUUCUGAUGCAGAUGGACGUCUAUGGUCUUAUCAGUGACAAAACAACAACAACAAAAGUUGAAUCCCCAGUUCUAUAGAAAGACUGGGAUCGAAUUAAAUGGAGCAAUGUAUAUGCUUUUGUUGAUUCUACGAACUGGGUUUUGCAUUAGAUUACAAUAUAAUUAAAGUAGCAGAAAAACUGGUGGGAACUCCGUGGUUGCAGUGGCUGGUAGCUUGCAAGUGUCCAUUUCAUGUUUGUAAUUUCUGUCGAAAUGGACUUAGAUGAGUCUUUCUUGAGCCAUUAUAUUCUCCAUUACCAAAAGGAUGAAAAGAAUGAGCUUUUAUAAUUUCUGUCGGGAAUGACGGUUUUAGAAACUUGUAUUAUUUCUGUAUAACUUAUUAGUUCCUGUAUGUAAUCUUUUUAAGUUUUUUUUUUUUUGCUUUCCAAUGCGAGCUCUGCAGUUGACCUAAUGCUAUCUAUCUAUUGAUUUCUACGUA